AUGACCUACCAACUAGAAUAUUUGACGAGAGAACAAAACCACAGUCAAAAAUGGUUUAGUGAGCGAAAGAAGAGACUUACAGCUUCAAAAUUUGGCGAUGUAUGCAGAAUGAGAAUAAACACAAGCUGCAAGGUCAAAGUUCAUAACAUGUUAUACAAGUCAUCGAUAACAAGUAAAGAAAUGACACACGGCGUUGAAAAUGAAUCUUUGGCGAGAACACGGUUUCAGGAUUUGACAGGAAUGACCGUAAAAUUAUGUGGACUUUUUACGGACAAUGAAUACCCAUAUCUAGCUGCAAGUCCAGACGGAUUAAUUGGUGACAACGCGAUUGUUGAAAUUAAAUGUCCGUAUACGGCGAGAGACACAAAUAAUGCAAAAGAAGCAAUUGAAAGUAAACUUUUGCAAUACUGUAUUAUAAAUAAAGACGGAACCAUUAAAUUAAAAAAAGAGCAUCCGUACUUUUAUCAAAUAAUUGGUCAGUUACGGAUAACCGGGAGGAAUAUUUGUUUUUUUGUAGUUCAUACAAACAACUGGACACAUAUAGAAAAAAUUAUUUAUGAUUGUCAAUUUUGGGAAACUGAAAUGGUUAAUAAACUUAAAAAGUUUUAUUUGGAAUGUAUUUUGCCAGAAAUAGUUGACCCAUUGUACGGAAGGCGGUUACAAAUAGCAGACAUACGAGAACCACUCCAUAUAUUAAAAGCACAGGAAGAAAAAAAUAAAACAAAACAUGAACAUGUACCAGACAUUACUCAAAUGUUGAUGAAUAUUGGUCAUAUCUUAAAAAUGGCUCAAGUACUUCGCAGAAAUGGGAAAUCAUUUGAUUCCAAGCGAACUACAUAUCAAAAACUUAAGAUAUUUAUGGACAAUAGAGUUGCUGAACAUUUGAAUGACAAUGGCAAAAGAGGCAUAAAAAUUGCCAUGUAA